AUGGCAGAUGACAAUCAGAAUAAGAUGAAGAACGAGGUGGUACCAAAUAUUGCAACUUUUGAUCCUACGAAAAAGAAGAAAAAGAAUAAGGUUGUAUUUCAGGAUACUACUGAAGAUUUUGUAGAGAAGUUGGCUGAGAAAACAGAAAACCUGGCAGGUUGUUCAAUUGAAACCAAAGACAGUGGCGAUGCAGUAGAAGAUUUAAAUGGUAAGUGUUUUGACUAA